CCGUGGAAGGUCCCUGCGAGGACGAGGUAGUCGUUUAUGCUUAGUUUGUUGAGACCUUCUGCGAAGUCGCGUUGGUAGACUAGACCUCCGGCUUUGUUGAUGAUUAUUAGGGCGUAGACAACCCUAUUGUUUGAGUGGUGUUAGUCUUUGUUUGUUGCUAGCUUUGGAAGAUGGAAACGUACAUCUUGUUUUGUGCUGGGAUUUCGAGUCAAUGAGUAUUGUUUAUUGGCCUAGAGCUGGAGGGGUGAGAACCAAAGAAGUUGGCUUUAUUGAGUUAUCAAUUGGGAAGUUGUUGUGAAUGUGAGAAUGGUAGGCGCAUUUGUUGUUUGGAUUGGAGGAGGUGGUGAGGUUCCCCGGAUUUUGACGAGGCUGCGGAAAGGGAAGCUUUUGGGAGGAGCAGGAGCUUCAAAGCUUCCUUUCUUUCACACGACACCCCCACCACAACUCCUCCUUCACUGCUCACAGACAACCGACCACCCCAAACUGUUAUCACACAGUUGUUCCAUUCAUUCCCAAAGCCAAUCUGAAGUCACGCAACUACUCUCUCUAUCCUCAUCUCAGAUCUAGCGCAAAGACUAUGGCUACCCCAGCACCGACCUCCCGAUCGCGCGAGGCGCCCCAAGGCGACGAGGAAGCUGCGAGCGAGUUGCGAUUGGGAGAGUUUCAGAAUGCGGAUACAUUGACGCAUAGCGAGGCUGCUUUGGUUAUUAAUGCGCUGGUUACGAAGAGAAAGGCUGAUAGAAAGAAUGUUAAUGAGACUGAGUAAGUUUUUGCGGUUGCUUUUGAUAUUCGUCUCUGGGAACCCAGGUCAGAAUGUGAUGGGAUGGGUAUGGAAAUUAUGGGCUGGAGAGAAGAGUAAGAACUCUAAAGGAUGGGUUGGGCUAUGUGGUUCGCGCAUGGAGGGGUAGCUGGUAUUGAUAUUUUGGGGGGUGUGGUCUUUCUUCUUAGACGCAAGAGGAUUGGAUGCUGCGUAGAUAAAGCGCGCUUGUUUCCGACUCUCUAUUGCAUUGCGGUUCUUUUGCUAUCCCCAUAUUUUGAGGGUUAAAGGACAUUUGGAAAUAUCAUUUACUAACCUUCUUCUACAUAGAAUCCUGCAAAAGACCACACAAUACCUAGAGCACUUUGCGCGUUUCAGAAAAAAGGAAAACGUCGAAGCCGUGGAGAGACUGUUGUCUGCAAAGGAUAACAAGUUAGCCAAGUUCGAGCGAGCACAAUUAGGUAAAUCUUGCUCUUGCUCUUUUCUACUUUUCUUGUUGAGCUUUCAGCUUUCUUGAAUUAUACUUUUAUAUCAGGUAAAUUCUGACACUUGGAAAUAGGGUCGUUAUGUUGCGAUACUGCCGAGGAAGCAAAAACUCUUAUUCCGAGUCUCCAGGAUAAGAUCAGUGACGAGGAAUUGCAAGAGCUGUUGGAUGACAUCACCAAGUUGAUGGGUUACGGAAAUUAGAGAGUGGAAGAUAGGGCCUCGAUGGAGGUUCUUUCUUUGUUUUCCGGGUUGGGGAGAAGGGUGGCUGGUAUUGAAAUAUGAGAUUUCAUGGCAGUAACCUUACAUUACUCUAUGUCUCCCAUCAAAUCGACCACACCCAUCUUUCUGAAAAAGCACCAGCCAGACCAGAAGUCUUCUGAAUAUAACGAUCCUGAGAGCACAGAUUGAAAUUUGAGAGAAGAACGAAAAAGCAAAAAAUUGGCAAGGCGUGGGUGGAUAUCUGUACAUUUUCAAGGCAGUUGGGCAAGAUUUGUUUCUUCUUUUCUUUUCAGGGUGUUUAGAGGAGUUUAUGGGAGAACGAUUGAGUUUGCUGCUCGGCC